AUGUCGCGCCACCGCGCGGUGCGCAAUCUCGACUUAACCGAGGAACUUGCCGACGAUUAUGACCAUGAUGCCGACUUUCUGGAUGAUAUUUCGCCAGAGGACCAAGACGCUCUCGAACAAGCCUUGCUCGCUGUGAUCGACACACUCGGCGAGCCAGAAGAGUGCGGGAUCUCGGAGCGCCGCAUGAAAGAAGCAUUAUGGGAGACCUACUUCGAUGCGCCUGCUGCUGUUGACAUGCUCAUGGAGGCGAAGGAGCAGGAGGAGGCACAGGCCCGCAAACGCGCAGGUACACCGCUGACGGAAGAUGGAUUCACCAACGUCGGGACAAGCGCCAAGGCACCGCGCCUGCAGCAUAUACCGCCGCGCCGCGCAACGGCCCACCGGCCACCUGUGUCCGAUACCCGGGCUUCUGCGCCGCGAGACUCGCCACUUGCGUCUCCUGUCAAGGCAGCUGGUGCGAGUCCUGUGAGCUCGCCACGCACUGCAUCGCCGGCCAGCGGCUCGGCUUCCAAAAAGCUGUCCAAGCUGCAACAAAAAUUACAGGCAAACCGCGAAAAAUUGGGUGCUGCUGCGUCCGGCACGAGUGCUAGCAAGGGCAUCGCACGGCUCUUGUCUCCGAGGCCGUCUACGCAGACGCCCCCUCGUGUAUCGUCACCGAUGCCGACGGCGGAGCCUGUGACUGUUGCACCUUCUGGAACGCAGCUAUCUACCUUGUUUCCUCGUACGCAUCCCCAGCAGCCCCUCUCAAGCUUUGGUCGGGCGCUUAGCAGUGUGGCGUGUGGGCACGCGGCAAGCACGCACAUUUCUCUCUCAUCGAGGACGGAUGCGGAGAUAGAGCAGCUGCAGGCGGUGUUUAGCCAGCUGAGUCCCGACGAUGUGGUCCAGCAGGCACGGCAGGGCACGCGCCUGGCGCGCUAG